GAGAUUGAACGCUCACCUUUGAGAACUUCCAGGCUCACCGUGAUGUUUUACUUGCCAUCCAACUGAUGAAUGGAAAACACGACUGUAAGCUUAUAUUUGCACUAUUUUAUAUGGUGUGGUUCCUUUGAGCUUUGGAUCCGUAUCAUUCCUGAGACUCCGGCCUAGAAUGAGCUAGAAAAACGGAUGAAUGGAGUGGAUAAAACACAUACGUCGUGGUGGGCCCCAUAGAGCUUGGGCCACGUCGUGCCACACGCAAUCCGCUUCCCUCGCGCCCGCACAAAUAGAAAGCACAUCCCUGCAGGCGGAAAUUCGCGGGAAGCGCCCCUUUCAAACUCUCCACUCCGUCUUGACUCUUUCGACCUUUUGCCGCUUAAACGCGCUCGAUGAUUCCCAGCGGCGCAUGGUAGCGGUUCCCGAGCCCAAUCGCGACGAUGUAUGGAACGGACGGAGAGAGAAUGCAGGAACGGACGAUGCACCCCACCGAUAUCGAGAAGAUCUGGCCUAAUUAUUUCCCCCAAACGGAGUUCUCCUCAGAAGAUAACAGAAGGUUCAAGCUCAUAAGGGAACUCGCCCAUUUCUUAUCUACUCCGCCAGCAGCACAACUCCUCCUUUCUCAGGUAAAGGAUGAUGGUGGCCUUUGGUUUUUACCUGUUGACUUCCAGCAACUUCAAAAAAUAUGUGAAGUUGAGGAGUUCUAUGCUGCUCUAGAGGUAGCACCUAAGGAAGCCCUCUUAUGCAUGGGUGCUGCAGUUCACAUGGCUUUGUUGCCCAAGUGGAAGGACUGCCAGUUGGAGGAUGAGACGAGGAUAAACAUUCGGUUGCAUAAUCACCCUGAAUCAACCAUUGCUUUGAAGAACUUAAAAGCCUCCUAUAUCGGCAGGCUUGUUUCAGUUCGUGGUACUGUUGUCAAAGUUAGCACUGUCAGGCCUCUGGUGGUUCAAAUGAAUUUCGCAUGUGGGAAGUGUGGAGCUGUUAUUACACGUAUAUUUCCUGAUGGGAAAUAUUCACCACCAAUGGCUUGUGUUUUUCAUGGAUGCAAAAGUAGAACUUUUACCCCAAUUAGAUCUACUGCUCGGCCCAUAGAUUUUCAGAAAAUAAGACUUCAGGAACUGUUGAGAUUUGAGAAUCAUGAAGAAGGUCGAGUGCCUCGAACUGUAGAGUGUGAAUUGACGGAAGAUCUUGUGGAUGCAUGCAUCCCUGGUGAUGUGAUGACAGUUACUGGGAUUAUAAAAGUAAUUAACAAUUAUAUGGAUGUUGGAGGAGGGAAGUCAAAAAACAAGAAUCAAGGAUUAUACUACUUGUAUUUGGAAGCAAUUUCAAUUCAGAACUCAAAAUCCCAGUCUGUUCCUGAAGAUUUGCAAGUUGCUGGUUCUGAUAAUAGAGCUUCGGUGCUGUUUGAUUUGUACUCAUUUUCACCAAGGGAUUUGGAAUUUGUUGUCAAGUUUUCAGAGGAGCAUGGUUCAGAUAUCUUGCGCCAAAUACUUCAUUCUAUUUGCCCCUCCAUUUAUGGACAUGAACUCGUCAAAGCCGGGAUAACACUAGCAUUGUUUGGAGGAGUGCAAAAGUAUUCAAUGGAUCCAAACAAGGUCCCUGUACGGGGAGAUAUCCAUGUCAUCGUCGUUGGCGAUCCUGGGCUGGGUAAGAGCCAACUAUUGCAAGCAGCAGCAGCUGUUUCUCCUCGAGGCAUCUAUAUUUGUGGUAAUGCAUCAACAAAUGCCGGCCUCACGGUAGCUGUUGUGAAGGAUCCUAUGACAAAUGAUUAUGCUUUUGAGGCUGGUGCUAUGGUACUCGCAGACCGUGGAUUAUGCUGUAUUGAUGAGUUUGAUAAAAUGUCUGCAGAACAUCAGGCUUUACUAGAAGCCAUGGAACAACAGUGUGUCUCUGUUGCAAAGGCUGGGCUUGUAGCAAGUUUAUCAGCACGAACUUCUGUGUUGGCAGCUGCAAAUCCUGUUGGUGGUCAUUACAACCGUGCAAAGACUGUAAAUGAAAAUUUGAAAAUGAGUGGCGCUCUCCUGUCACGGUUUGAUUUGGUUUUCAUUUUACUGGAUAGACCAGAUGAACUGAUGGAUAAGCAAGUGUCUGAGCACAUUAUGGCACUUCAUGCAGGAUAUGGAGAGCAUUUUCCAGCUCAUAAAAAGCUAUGUAGAGCACGGCAGAAUGAUAGAGAAAUGGAGUUGAGUGUUAAAAAUGGUUCUUUAGCUUCAAGGCUUAAACUUGACCCAAAGAAAGAUAGAGACUUUGUUCCCUUGCCUGGUACACUCCUCCGCAAAUAUAUUGCCUAUGCCAGAAGUUUUGUUUUUCCCAGGAUGUCAAGAUCGGCAGCAGAGAUUUUGCAGAAGUUUUACUUACGGUUGAGAGACCACAAUACUUCAGCUGAUGGCACACCUAUAACGGCAAGGCAGCUGGAAAGUCUAGUUAGGCUUGCCGAAGCUCGUGCUCGAUUGGAGCUACGUGAAGAAAUAACUGCUCAAGAUGCUUUGGAUGUGGUUGAGAUCAUGAAAGAAUCCUUAUAUGAUAAGUAUGUUGAUGAGCAUGGGUUUGUUGAUUUUGCACGUAGCGGUGGAAUGAGCCAACAAAAGGAAGCAAAGCGGUUCUUAAGUGCUCUGCACAAGCAAUCAGAACUGCAGCAGAAAGAUUGCUUUUCAAUUUCUGAAAUAUACAGUUUGGCAGAUAGAAUCGGAUUGAGAGUGCCAGAUAUUGACAUGUUUGUGGAUAAUUUGAACAGCGUUGGUUAUCUGCUUAAGAAGGGGCCAAAGACAUACCAGGUGGUGUCUUCAUCCUACUCACGAAGUCAAUCAUCAAGGUCCAGAUGCUGAGAUUGUGUAGCAUUGGCACCAGGUUGAAUGGAAUCAGGCUCUAUCAUCUCUGUAUCAUAUGUAUAGAAAAAUUAUAUACAGUGGAGAAAAAUUCUGAAUCAUACCAAGUCCUCGAGGUAUACGUACAAGUUACACUAAAUUUUUUUUUUUUUUUUUGCUACUAAUGCAUAUGACGUAGCUAUUAUCAAAACCUCAGAAAAUUGAAAUGAAUUUUCAU